AUGGAGAGUGGUGAUCUUUACAGAGCAGGAAGCAGUUUAAGAAGAGGAAACUCUUCAGGAAUAUUUAGAAACAAUGCUAAUGCUGCUGCAGAUCGUCAAGUUUUUUCACGUUGUUCUCCAGGACAAGACGACGAUGAAGAGGCUUUAAAAUGGGCUUCACUAGAAGAACUGCCAACCUAUGAUCGUCUGAGGAAAGGUAUAUUGACUACUUCCAGAGGUGGAGCCAGUGAAAUAGAAGUGCAGAACCUUGGGUUGCAAGACAGGAAGAAUUUGGUGGAGAGGUUGGUCAAAGUAGCAGAAGAGGAUAAUGAGAAGUUCUUGUUAAAGCUCAAGAACCGCAUUGACAGAGUUGGAAUUCAUGUUCCCACAAUUGAAGUCCGAUUCGAGCACCUAAAUGUUGAAGCAGAAGCCUAUGUAGGAAGUAGAGCUUUGCCUACAUUCUUUAAUUACUCUGUUAAUAUGCUGGAGGGUGUCUUAAAUUAUCUCCAUAUUCUUUCAAGUAGAAAGAGACAUUUGCGGAUCCUUAAGGAUGUUAGUGGUAUAAUCAAGCCAUCAAGAAUGACAUUGCUUUUGGGCCCUCCAAGUUCUGGAAAGACAACACUUUUGUUAGCAUUGGCUGGAAAGCUUGAUCAUGCUCUAAAGUUUUCAGGGAGAGUGACUUAUAAUGGUCAUGAAAUGAAUGAGUUUGUACCGCAAAGAACUGCUGCCUAUAUCAGUCAACUUGACCUCCAUAUAGGAGAAAUGACCGUAAGGGAAACCUUGGCCUUUUCUGCAAGAUGCCAAGGUGUUGGAACCCGUUAUGACAUGUUAGCAGAGUUAUCAAGAAGGGAGAAAGAAGCGGGUAUCAAACCUGAUCCUGAUAUUGAUGUCUUCAUGAAGGCUGCAGCAACAGAAGGGCAGGAGACCAGUGUGGUGAUAGAUUAUAUUCUGAAGGUUUUAGGACUAGAAGUCUGUGCGGAUACAGUGGUAGGGGAUGAAAUGCUACGGGGCAUUUCUGGAGGGCAAAGGAAGCGUGUUACUACUGGUGAGAUGCUGGUUGGACCAGCAAAGGCGCUGUUUAUGGAUGAGAUAUCUACUGGAUUGGACAGCUCGACAGCUUACCAGAUUGUGAACUCGAUCAAGCAAUAUGUUCAAAUUCUUGAGGGAACUGCUCUCAUCUCUCUCCUCCAGCCAGCUCCAGAGACUUAUGAUCUCUUUGAUGACAUUAUUCUUCUCUCAGAUGGCGAGAUAGUGUAUCAGGGUCCUCGUGAGCAUGUCCUCAAGUAUUUUGAAUAUAUGGGCUUCAAGUGUCCUGCAAGGAAAGGUGUGGCAGAUUUCUUGCAAGAAGUGACAUCAAGGAAAGAUCAGAUGCAGUAUUGGGCACGUCAAGAUGUGCCUUACAGAUUUAUCACAGUCAAAGAAUUUGCUGAGGCAUUCCAGUCGUUUAAUGUAGGAAGAGCACUUGGAAAUGAGCUUGCAGUUCCAUUUGAUAAGAGCAAGAGCCACCCAGCUGCUUUGACGACCAAGAAAUACGGUGUUAAUAAGAGAGAGCUGUGUAAAGCUUGCUUCUCAAGAGAAUUAUUACUCAUGAAAAGGAACUCAUUCGUCUACAUCUUCAAGUUCAUUCAACUGACAAUAAUCGCAGUGAUUACAAUGACACUCUUUCUACGGACUGAAAUGCACCGAGAUUCAGUAACCGAUGGAGGAGUUUAUGUGGGUGCUAUCUUCCUCAUUGUGAUUAUGAUCAUGUUUAAUGGUAUGGCUGAGAUUUCCAUGACCCUUGCAAAGCUUCCUGUGUUCUUCAAGCAAAGGGACCUCCAAUUCUUUCCUGCGUGGACUUAUGCUCUUCCUACAUGGUUCCUUAAAAUCCCUAUCGCAUUCAUUGAAGUUGCUAUUACAGUUUUCAUUACGUAUUAUGUCAUUGGCUUUGACCCAAAUGUUGGAAGGUUGUUUAAACAAUACCUUGUGCUCUUAAUUACAAACCAAAUGGCUUCUGGAUUAUUCCGAACUAUUGCUGCUGUUGGUAGGAACAUGGUUGUCGCUAACUCCUUUGGGUCAUUUGUACUGCUCUUGCUGUUUGCUCUGGGAGGCUUUGUUCUGUCACGAGAUGACAUAAAGAAAUGGUGGGUUUGGGGCUUCUGGACAUCACCAAUGAUGUAUGCGCAGAAUGCAGUUGUAGUGAACGAGUUUCUUGGAAAUAGUUGGAACCACGUUCUUCCAAACUCAAUGGAGCCGUUAGGCAUUGAAGUUUUAAAAUCUCGUGGGUUCUUCACAGAAGCUUACUGGUAUUGGUUAGCAGUAGCAGCGUUGUUUGGAUUCACUCUACUAUACAACCUCUUAUACAUAUUGGCUCUCACUUUUCUCAACUCAUCGGUCAAGCCGCAUCAGGCUGUUGUAUCAGAAGAACCUCAAAGCAACAAAGUGGAUAGACUAGGAGAAGCCAUUCAUUUAACGAACUCUGGAAGUAGCUCUAGCCUCCAUACAAGUCCAGAGAGCAUAGAUGAAAUUAGAAGCAAGUCAUCAAGGUCCACACGUAACAACCAAAGGGGGGUCAUUCUUCCAUUUCAACCACAUUGUAUAACGUUCGAUAAAAUUAUGUACUCAGUUGACAUGCCACAGGAAAUGAAAAAUCAUGGUGCCUGUGAAGAUAAAUUGGUACUUUUGAAGAGUGUGAGUGGCGCCUUUAGGCCAGGUGUUCUCACAGCUUUAAUGGGCGUCAGCGGUGCUGGUAAAACCACUAUGAUGGAUGUUCUUGCUGGGAGGAAAACUGGUGGAUAUAUUGAGGGGAACAUCACAAUUUCUGGGUACCCGAAGAACCAAGAAACAUUUGCUAGAAUUUCUGGAUAUUGUGAGCAAAAUGACAUCCACUCACCACAUAUUACUAUCUAUGAGUCCUUGCUCUACUCAGCUUGGCUUCGUCUUCCCACUGAAGUUGACACCGAAAGUAGAAAAAUGUUUGUUGAGGAAGUCAUGGAGCUUGUAGAACUGAAUCCGUUGAGGGAAGCGUUAGUUGGAUUGCCUGGUGUAAAUGGUCUGUCAACAGAGCAGCGGAAGAGACUAACCAUUGCAGUUGAGCUAGUGGCAAACCCCUCAAUAAUUUUUAUGGAUGAGCCAACUUCAGGACUUGAUGCAAGAGCAGCUGCCAUUGUUAUGAGAACAGUUAGGAACACAGUGGACACAGGAAGAACAGUUGUCUGCACCAUCCACCAACCAAGCAUUGACAUAUUUGAAGCUUUUGAUGAGCUGUUUCUACUGAAGAGAGGAGGAGAAGAAAUAUAUGUGGGGCCAUUGGGUCGUCUUUCAUGCCAUCUGAUCAAGUAUUUUGAGGGGAUUAAAGGAGUCAACAAAAUCAAAGAUGGCUAUAAUCCAGCAACUUGGAUGUUGGAAGUGACCAGUACAGCAGAAGAAAUAGCUUUGGGGGUUGAUUUUGCCCAGUUAUAUAAAAGUUCGGAAUUGUAUAGGAGAAACAGAGCUCUCAUCAAGGAUUUGAGCACUCCUGCUCCUGGUUCGAAGGACCUCUAUUUCUCUACUCGAUAUUCUCGAUCAUUUUUGACCCAGUGUUUGGCUUGCUUAUGGAAACAGCACUGGUCGUACUGGCGCAACCCACCAUACACUGCUGUUAGAUUUCUCUCUACAACAGUCAUAGGCUUGAUCUUUGGAACAAUGUUUUGGGAUCUUGGCUCCAAAAUGACAAAGCGACAAGAUCUCUUUAAUGCAAUGGGUUCAAUGUAUGCUGCUGUUCUCUUUCUUGGUGUCCAAAAUGCUGCGUCUGUUCAGCCUGUGGUAGCUGUUGAGCGAACCGUCUUUUACAGAGAAAGAGCUGCUGGAAUGUACUCUGCCUUGCCAUAUGCCUUUGCGCAGGUUUUCAUUGAGCUUCCAUAUGUUUUCGUUCAAGCUGCAGUAUAUGGGGUUAUAGUCUAUUCAAUGAUUGGAUUUGAAUGGAGCGUCGCAAAGUUCUUUUGGUAUCUGUAUUUCAUGUACUUCACGCUAUUGUAUUUCACCUUCUAUGGCAUGAUGGCUGUGGCUGUGUCACCAAACCACCAAAUUGCGUCCAUAAUUUCUGCUGCAUUUUAUGGAAUCUGGAACGUAUUUUCAGGAUUCGUAAUUCCACGAUCUCGGAUGCCUGUGUGGUGGAGAUGGUACUCAUGGAUAUGUCCAAUCUUUUGGACCCUGUAUGGAAUGGUUGCAUCACAGUUUGGGGAUGUGAAGGAUACGCUAGAAACUGGCGAAACAGUGGAUCAAUUCGGUAUAACAAAUGUUAGAAAACACCAGGGAAAGGAGGAAGAAAAUCCCUUGCAUGACUUCCAGUUCGAGCAGAGUACUAAUACUAAAUUGAUCAUAGACUUUCUUGACCAAGAUAGUCCGUUAUCGGGUGAUCUUUACGGAGCAGGUAACAGUUUAAGAAGAGGAAACUCUUUCGUAAACAAUCCUGCUGCAGACCAUACAUUUUCACGUUCUUCUCGAGAACAAGAAGAAGAUAAAGAGGCUUUAAAAUGGGCUGCAUUAGAGAAACUACCAACCUAUGAUCGUAGGAUGAGAGGUAUAUUAACCACGUCCACAGGUGCAGCUAGUGAAGUAGAGGUGCACAAUCUUGGGUUCCAAGAAAGGGAAUUUGUUGGAGAGCAAAUGAAAGAUCAAGGCAUAGAAGAAGAUAAAUUAGUACUUCUCAGGGGUGUGAGUGGUGCUUUCGGACCUGGCGUUCUUACAGCUCUGAUGGGGGUCACCCGUGCUGGUAAAACCACUCUGAUGGGUGUCCUUGCUGGUAGGAAAACUGGAGGAUAUGUCGAAGGGAACAUAACCAUUUCUGGAUACCAAAAAGGCAAGAAACAUUUGCUAGAAUUUCUGGAUAUUGCGAGCAAAAUGAUAUCCACUCUCCACUUGUUACUGUCUAUGAGACUUUACUCUCCUCAGCUUGGCUUCGCUUACCUGUCAAGAUUGACACUGAGACAAGAAAGGGAUGCUCUGGUUGGGUUGCCUGGUGUGAAUGGCCUCUCCACUGAGCAGUGCAAGAGGUUGACAAUUGCUGUUGAACUAGUAGCUAACCCUUGUAUAAUAUUCAUGGAUGAACCAACUACAGGACUAGAUGCAAGAGCAGAAGCGAUUCUAUUCCUAUUGAAGCAAGGAGGAGAGGAGAUAUAUUUAGGGACACUAGGUCGGCAUUCUUGUGAUUUAAUCAAGUAUUUUGAGGGAAUUCAAGGAGUGAGUAAAAUCAAAGACGGUUACAAUCCAGCAACUUGGAUGCUAGAAAUUACUAGUUCAGCACAAGAAAUAACUUUGGGAGUUGAUUUUACCGACGUGUACAAAAAUUCAGAACUAUACAGGGCAAACAAAGCACUUAUUAAACAACUAAGCGCACCUGCUCCUGUUUCGAAGGACCUCCAUUUUCCCACUCGAACGAAGGAACAGGAACUGUUGAAUGCAAUGGGUUCCAUGUAUACCGCUGUCCUCUUCCUUGGUGUCCAAAAUUCUGGAAGUGUACAGCCAGUAGUCUCAAUUGAGAGAACAGUUUUCUACAGAGAACGGGCAGCUGGAAUGUAUUCAGCUUUCCCCGAUGCCAUAGAGAAUUCCCAUAUGGUGGAGAUGGUACUACUGGGCAUGCCCAACGGCUUGGACGUUGUAUGGAUCGCUUGA